AUGGCGACUUUGGGGAUCAUGAAAAGUCGCUCGCCCAAGAUGUUGGAUUUGAGAUCUAUCAUAGGAGUGAAAGACAUUAAAGUAGCAGCAGAGAAAUUAGGAUGGAGGAAAGGCCCUUGGACUCAUGAAGAGGACAAGUUGCUCAGUGAGUAUGUCAGCUUGCAUGGGGAGGGUAGUUGGAGUUCAGUGUCUAAGUUUACAGGCUUAAAUAGGGGUGGAAAAAGUUGCAGGUUGAGAUGGGUAAAUUAUUUGAGGCCGGGCCUCAAGAAAGGUCAUUUAACAUCUCUAGAAGAAGGAAUGAUUAUUGAAUUGCACGCCAUUAUGGGUAACAAGUGGUCUACAAUAGCGAGGUACUUGCCGGGUAGAACUGAUAACGAGAUUAAGAACUACUGGAGAACCCACUUUGGGAAGAGAACAGAGAAACCAAAAACCAAGAAGCUAGAAAAGGGAAAAGCAAAGGAAGUGAACCAGUUGAAGGAAAAACAGGAACAGCAACCUGAUCUGGAUCCGAACCACAUGAUCAAAAGCAUCUCGUCUCAUGAUGUGGAGACGAAAAAUGGAACAAAACCAACCGAGACAAGAGACAAAUUAGAGGAAUAUGAGAUGGGUUUCAUGUACCCAACAAUGGAACAACAAAACACUAGUAUCCCUUUGAUUCAUCUAGAACUUUCGUGCAUGUGGCCCGAAACUACUGCAACAGAUGAUGAUGGUCUAUGGUGUAGUUUAUGGAAUUUUGAUGAACCACAAGGGUUUGCUGAUCAUGUAAACCAGUUUGGCAAAUGUGUCAUGCCAAAUCAAGCUACCUUUGGAGCUUGUUGGGAAUCUUCCUUACUUGGGGUUUCCCAAGGUAGUUCCACAUCUAGUGAAUAA